AUGGAGCUAAUUAGAUACGAUGAAGUACAUAAAACUCAUUGCACAAAAGCAAAAGAGUAUAUAAUUAGGGUUGCUGAAGAUAUUGAAGAAGAGAAAAGCUGAAUGUUUAGAGAAAUUGAGUAUUUUUUUGAAGCUAUAAAGCUAAAAUUCAAAUUCUUUCCAAAAAUCAUAUCCAAAAAAAGCGAAUCAUUUCAUAUAAUAAACAUCAAAAAACCUAGAGUUGCUGACAAAGUAAUAAUCUUAUCUAUAUCAAAAGCUCACGGAAUAACCCACACAGACACAAUUUUAAAAAGAACUGGAUUGAUUUCCCUUAUUUUUAGAGACACUUUUAUGCUAAUUGAUACAGCUUAUUUACCAAAUUCAGAAGGCAGUUUAGUUCUAUCUGAAGAUAUGAAAACCAUUUACGGGAUUUUGCUGCCUUGCACAAUGUCACAGCAAUUUGAAUUUGGCAUUCUUUAUACUCGAAUUUUGCGGGGAGACUAUUCACUUACCCCAGCUCCUAAAAUUCAUGAGAUUUUUCCUUCGAUUGUAAAAGUUUUUGCAAAAAUGACAGGAUCAGGAGUUUCCAUUAGCCAAAAUCUGAUCAUUACUAAUUCCCACGUUGCGAAAAAUUCAAAAAAUAUUGAUAUUUAUGCCCAAGAUAAAAAAUGUGAAGGGAAGCUUAAGGCUGCUUAUAAUUUAAUAGAUCUAGCAAAAAUUGAAGUAGAGAGGAAUAUACCAAUUGUUGAAAAAGCCAAAGAAUUUAUAUAUGGAGAAACAGUUUAUGCAGUUGGCUUUGGAUUAUUUAACCCUUGAGAGCUAAAAUGUCCUAUAGUCACAAUUGGGAGUUUAAGCAAAAUAGUUUAUUAUAAAAAUAAGCCGAUUGCGAUUCAGUUUACAGCACAGUCGUUUAGUGGACAUAGUGGGGGUGGAGUUUUUAAUGAGAAAGGAGAAUUAAUUGGCAUCAUUGUGUCGAAUGCGAGGGAGCGGGAAGGGAAUAUAAUACCAACUUUAAACCUUUGUAUCCCUCAUACAGUUUUUGAGGAUGAGGAACUUCUGAAUGAUAAAAUUCGCGAGUAGCUAUAGCUCGACCUUGGCUCUCCUCUCUUCUCUUUCUACUCUCUGAUUGUUUCAUUUUAAAUGAAAUAGGGGAAAAAAAUAGCAAACUCAUCAUUAUAAAUUUGGCAGAUCAAAUUGAUUUUUAUGUUUUUAUCUAAACUGAAACUGUUAGGGAGUGGGAAAAAGGGAGCAGUGGAGUUAAAGUUGAUCUAUAAUCGUGAUCGUACUAUACUGAUCCUUUUAUUACAGAUUUAUUUAAUUAUGAAACAGUAAGAAUCCUUCCUGAGCCUAGACUUUAG